ACUCACCGCCGCGGUUUUCUAAUCGAAACAUAUCCAUCCCCUUCCCUUAUUCCACGCACUGAUCAAGCACAAAUCCUAAGGCGUCCAGCCGCGCUCUCCUCGGUGGAUCGAAGGCGCGGGUGCUUUGAUUUCCACCCUUCGGCUCACGCAUGUGAUUGCGCUUCUUUUCCGGGAAAUCUGGGGGUAGACGCAAAUCUUUAAGCAUUUCGAUAUAUUUCGGUACAGAUCUACGCAUCUUGUAUAGGAGUUGAAUUUCGCAUAGCCGUGGCAUUUGCUGCAAUAGAGGGGAACUAGGGUUUGACGACGAGUUGAGGCAGAGAAAGGAGACAGCUUUCUUAGGCACGAAUGAACGGAUUGGGAAAGCCAUCGAUCCCAGUGGAAAGUGAUGAACUUUCCAGCGAUCGCAACCCUCUGCUGCCGUCCCGUCACGAGUGUUCUGAAUUGGUAGACUUGUCCCAGGGAAAUCACGGCAGAGAUGAAGAUGGAAGCUUAGAAACUGCUGCACUGGAAGUCAAUUUUUCUGGUGCUAACAGAUCUGAUCCCUUUGUAGAUACGGCAAGCGUCGAGAAGAAACAUGAUUCAGAGGAAAAUGCUUUGAGUAAUGAUUGCUAUCACUCAGAAGUGGCUCCCAUGAGCACUGGAUACUUCAAUGCUUCCAGUGGUGUUCUCCACGAGGGCACCACUGUUCAAAAGGAAUGCAAUGGCCUGGAAGGGGCGUCUGUAAGUGCCUUGUAUUUUAAUGGUUCAGAAGUGGAACCAAUUGGUACUGCGGAUGUUAGUGGCAAUGUUGGUGUUCCUGAGGAAUGCAAUGGUUCGGAAAUCCUAUCAGCGUGCUACGAUGGUGUAGACUCUAUUGAAAAUGUUGAUCAUAUUAACAUUGUUUCUGGAAAGGAAUCUGGUAAUGCUCUCACACCGUCUACUAGUUAUGGGACAGCCAAGGCAACUGAUCAUUUUGCAGAGAACGAGAUUGAUCAAGAAGUAACUGAUGAUUGCUCCAUAGGUUCUUUACCUGAGAAUGCCACCACAAAAAAGGUUAGUAAUCUUGUGGCUGCAGCAAUGAAGAAAUACGCCGCACCCAGAUCAUCCAGUUAUCAUGGAGUUACUAAAUUAAAGUGGAGCGGAAAAUUUGAAGCACACCUCUGGGACAACACAAGCAGAGUUGAAGGAAGGAAGAGGAAAGGCAAACAUGUGUAUCUAGGCAGCUAUGUUUCUGAGGAAAUGGCAGCACGUGCACAUGAUCUUGCUGCUCUUAAAUAUUGGGGUCCAGGACCAUCCACUAAGCUCAACUUCCCUGUCUCUGACUACGAAAAAGAACUUGAAGUGAUGAACACCAUGUCUCAAGAUGAAUUUGUUGCUUAUGUGAGAAGAAAAAGUAGCUGUUUCUCUAGAGGAGCAUCCAUUUACAGAGGAGUGACAAGGCGGAAAGAUGGCAAGUGGCAAGCCCGAAUAGGUCGGGUUGGAGACCUCAAGGAUGCCAAAGACAUCUACCUUGGAACUUUCGAUACUGAAGAAGAGGCUGCUGAGGCAUACGACAUUGCGGCCAUUGAACUACGAGGGCCACAUGCAGUGACAAAUUUUGACCUAAGUAACUAUGGUGAGGGAGGUAUUAAAAGGUUUGAGAUGUGAAGUGAAAUAAUUAGACUCAUCACAGAAUGCGAUAUUUUUUCUUUUUUAUUCUUGUUUCCUUAUGAGUCUCUACCCUUAUCCAAUCAAUUAGCUUCCUAGACUUUUUAGGUUUUGAUUGGGCGGUGUCUCAUGGUGGCUCUUUUAUCUUUUGGAAGUUUUUUUUAUAGUGCUUAUAGAGUUGGCGUUUGUAGCAUUAUUGACAAAAUAAUCGAAAUUUAGGGUUUUUUUAAUCAAGAUUGCAUGCAAUGCAAUUUGUUCAAA